GGGGUUGAAUCAGAAGAGCAGUUUAUGGCAAAAGUUGAAAUCAAAAUAAAAAUACCAGAUGAGUUACAACCUUGGUUAGUCGAUGAUUGGGAUGCAAUUUGUCGGCAAAGAAAACUGCUUGCAUUGCCAGCAAGGAAUACAGUUUCUCAAAUCAUUGAUGACUACAUCCAACAAAAACAAAGCAGCAAAUCUCACAACUCUAAUAUAGAAUCCGCUCUUGUAGAAGUAGCAAGAGGAAUUUUAGAAUAUUUUAAUGUUUUAUUUAGGUUCCCAAUUCUAUAUAAAUUUGAAAGACCACAAUAUGCAGAAAUUUUACAAAAUCAUCCCAAUACAAAGAUGUCUGAGAUAUAUGGUUCUAUACCUCUUUUGAGAUUAUUUGUUCGUUUGGGAUCAUUGCUAGCUUUUACUCAAUUAGAUGAAAAAUCAGUAGCAACUUUAAUGGUUCAUAUACAAGACUUUUUAAAAUAUUUAGUGAAAAACAGUUCAACAUUAUUUAAUAUGCAAGAUUUUGUCAAUGCCAGUCCUGACUAUCAUCGAAAAAUAUAGUUCUCAGUUUUAU